AUGGAACAUGGUCGCGACACUGCGGAUUGGUAUACCACCAUUUGUUUGCCAACAGUCAACACCGAGCUUCGAAAAAUCAAUCCCGAAAGAAGAAUCAUCCUCCACCAAGACAAUGUAGGCUCGCACACAGCCCAAAAAACAAGGCAGUAUUUAACGGAAGAAAACGUGGAAUUGUUAGAUCAUCCUCCUUAUAGUCCCGAUCUAAGUCCUAUCGAUUUCUUUACUUCCCCGAAAAUUCAAAACAGACUGCGUGGUCAAAGGUUCCAGUCAUCAGAAGAAGCAGUUGACGCAUUCAUAAAUGCCGUUUUGGAUCUGCCAGCAAUCGAGUGGAAUAAGUGCUUCGAAAAUUGGUUCGAGCGCAGAUGUGUAUUAAUCUUCGUUUGGGAUGCUGCCGCCCCGACUACAUCAUCCAUGGGGGCUGUCCGACUGAUCGACGAUUCUACUAACCUUAGGCAGUUCAAAACUCGGAUUAGUGAAGUUUCUUUAAGCUCUUUAUAG